AAUUAAAUCAGCUUUACGGUAAGCAGGACCGAGAGCGUUUCAGAAAAUAUUAGCGAUAAGGGAAUAUUUGUUUAUCUGCUGGAAAUUAACAGGAUCUGAAGAUGAUCGAGGUGGUUUGCAACGAUCGACUGGGCAAGAAAGUCCGGGUCAAGUGCAACUCAGAGGAUACCAUUGGAGAUCUGAAGAAGCUCAUUGCCGCCCAGACAGGAACACGAUACGACAAGAUCGUGUUAAAGAAAUGGUACACCAUAUUCAAAGACCACGUGUCACUGGGUGACUAUGAAAUCCACGAUGGGAUGAACCUGGAGCUGUACUACCAGUAGACCAGAGAUGGGAUACUAGUCAAAGAUGUACAUACAGACCUUCUCCUUACCACACACACACACACACACACACACACACACACACACACACACACACACACACACACACACACACACACACACACACACACACACACACACACACGGAAUUAAUGGAAUCUGUUGCAGGAAACACCAUGAUCAGACACCACAUCAGAGGGACAGACAGGUGGAGCAGAACACACAUUGACUAAGUUUAGUUCAUUUUUGCCCACAGACUUAUGUGAAAGACAUGUUGUUGUUUUACAAUAAUUUUUGUUUUGAUAUUUUGGAAUUAAAGCUGAUAUUUACCUACCUUUA